AUGGGGUCAGCAGCAGCAAGCAGCAACCAGCGGCAGCAGCAGGAAGCAGCAACCAGCGGCAGCAAGAAGCAGCGGCAGCGGUGGCAGCAAGCAGCAAGUGGCAGCGGUAGUAGCAAAGCAGCAGCAAGGGGCUCACCAGCGAAGCAGAGGCGGGGCGGCGACGAGGUCGGGGUGGAGAAGGGCGGCGACGGGCGAGGCAGUGGCGUCGGCCGCCGGCGCAGUCGGGGACGGGGCGGCCGCAGCCAGGGAUGGGCCGCCGGGGACGGGCGGCCGAGGACGGGGACGGGCCGGCCCGGCGGCGUCGACGGCGGUCUUGGGGCGGCGCGGGCACUAGGGGCGGUGCGGCGGCGGUGGGGGAGGGGAUGGGGCGGCACGGGCAGUGGGGCCGGUGCGGCGGCGGUGGGGGAGGGGAUGAGGGCGGCCAGGCAGUGGGGAGCGGCGUGGCGGUGGUGGGGGAUGGGAUGGGGGCGGGGGCGGGGCAGCGCCGCAGUUGGGGGAGGGGAUGGGGGUGGCGGCGCGGUGAGGGUCGGGAUAGGGCGGCGGCGGCGGCGAGGUUUAGGAAAAAAGGCGGAGCGUUUACCUGGAGAAAUCAAUCAAUCAAUCAUUGGCCUGCCGGCCGUCCGGUUUGGCCACACGCGCAGGGAUCUUUCCGCGCGCAACCUCGUCUCUGUUCUCCAAUACAUCCCAUGGAGUUUCCUGCCUCGACAUCACGCGUCGGCUCUCAGCAACGACGACAAGGAAGGAGGGCGCGCCGUUUGGGAUCUGUCUAACAAUCCAAGUCUUGGAGGUCCACUUACCCCAAAUAUUGGAAAUCUGAAGCAGCUCACCAUUCUGAAUUUGCUAGGAUGCAGCUUUACUGGUAACAUCCCACAAGAGAUAGGCAACUUAAGACAGCUCACAUUCCUGGCCCUAAACAUGAAUCAAUUCACUGGCAGAAUACCCCCAGAACUUGGCCUUCUCACAAGUCUCUCUUGGUUGGACUUGUCGGCCAAUCAAUUGUCAGGACAAAUCCCAGUUUCGAGAGGUUCAGACCCAGGGUUGGAUAAACUUGUCGCCGCAAAGCAUUUCCAUUUUAGCGAGAACCAGUUGACAGGCCCAAUGGACAGAAGGCUUUUCCAUGCCAAUAUGACCCUCAUACAUGUGCUAUUUGGCAACAAUAGCCUUACUGGACCAAUCCCCCAAUCUCUUGGGCUUGUCGAAACACUUCAAAUUAUCCGACUAGACCAUAACAAAUUCAAUGGUGUGGUACCUGAUAGUAUCGGUAACCUGACUAGCCUGAUGGAACUAUUCAUGGCUGGUAUCCGUCUUACUGGGACAGUACCCAAUGCUCUUUUCAGCCUCCCACAGAUGCAGAGAAUAUCACUAGCUGAGAAUGCCCUUGGAAUCUCACUGACUAUGACUGGUAUCAACUCAAAACUGCGGGUUGUUAAUUUGACAAAUAAUCAAAUCAUCAGUAUUAUUACAGUUGACCCAAGCUACACUGGCAGCCUAAUACUAACAGGGAAUCCUGCAUGCUCAGCCAAUAUCAGUUUCUGCAAACUCAAGGAAAGGCAGCAAGAUCCAUACUCUACUAGCCUAGGCCCCUGCGGUGCUAUUUCUUGCCCUAUUGGUCAGUUACCAAAUCCAGAGACUUCACAGAACUGCGCUUGCACUACCCCCUUCGAGGGUGUGAUGACCUUCCAAGCACCUGCCUUCUCUGACAUGACAAGCCCCGAGUCAUUCCAACAAUUGGAGUCGACGCUUAUACAGAACCUUAGCCUAGCUCCAAGAUCAGUUGCACUUUCCAAUGUUGACUUCAGCCCAGGAACUCCUCUAAGAUUCAGAUUGAAGUUUUUUCCAGACAGUGAAAUGGGCUUCAAUCGCUCAGAAGUUAUAAGAAUCAGUUCUGCUUUGGCCAACCAAAUUUAUAAAGCUCCAACUCAAUUUGGACCAUAUUACUUCACAGCAAUCCCAUACUUUGCAAGUGUAAUAAUUGGAAUAGCAAUCGCUGGCUUUGUCCUUAUUGUCGGUCUUGUUCUGGUAGCAAUAUAUGCUCUACGGCAGAAGAAAAUAGCCAAGGAGGCAGUACAGCGGACUACUAAUCCAUUUGCAUCAUGGGGAGCAGGUGGUAAAGAUAACGGAGACGUACCACAAUUGAAAGGAGCAAGAUAUUUUGUAUUUGAGGAGCUGAAGAAAUGCACCAAUAAUUUCUCAGAAACUCAUGAGAUAGGAUCUGGAGGAUAUGGAAAGGUUUACAAAGGAAAGAUUGCGAAUGGACAAAUAGCUGCAAUAAAACGCGCACAGCAAGGAUCCAUGCAAGGUGCAGCUGAGUUCAAGAAUGAGAUUGAACUCCUGUCCAGAGUGCAUCACAAGAACCUAGUGAGCUUAGUAGGUUUCUGCUAUGAACAAGGGGAGCAGAUGUUGGUUUAUGAGUAUAUUUCCAAUGGGACACUCAGGGACAACUUGAUGGGUAAAGGAGGGAUACAGUUGGAUUGGAUGAAGAGACUUAAGAUCGCAAUUGGGUCUGCUAAAGGCCUGGCAUACCUUCAUGAACUUGCUGAUCCACCAAUUAUUCACAGAGAUAUAAAAUCAACCAAUAUACUUUUGGACGAAAGUCUAACUGCAAAGGUAGCUGAUUUUGGUCUUUCGAAGCUAGUGUCUGACACGCAAAAGGGACAUGUUUCUACCCAAGUGAAGGGAACAUUGGGUUAUUUGGAUCCUGAGUACUACAUGACUCAACAGCUCUCCGAGAAGAGUGAUGUCUAUAGCUUCGGAGUUGUCAUGCUAGAGCUAUUAACUUCCAGGCAGCCCAUAGAGAAGGGUAAGUACAUUGUGCGUGAGAUCAGGACCGCAAUAGACCAGUAUGAUCAAGAGUACUAUGGCUUGAAGAGCCUAAUUGAUCCAGCAAUCAGGGAUUCAGCUAAAUUAGUUGGCUUCAGGAGAUUCGUGCAAUUGGCUAUGGAAUGUGUAGAAGAAUCUGCUGCUGACCGCCCGACAAUGAAUGAUGUGGUCAAGGAACUUGAGACCAUUUUACAGAAUGAAGGGGGGCCGUUGUUAAAUUCAGCAUCUUUGUCAACUGAACAUUCUGGAGAUGCAACAGGUAGAGGCCAAGAGGAACACUCUCCUAUGAAAGAUGACAGCAGCAGCAGCAGUGCUUUUGAUUACAAUAGUGUAUAUUCAUACUCAGCUGUUGAACCAAAGUAG